UCCCAGCAGUCCGAUCGUUGGAAAGCGCUCCCGUAAACUUUUUAAUUUCCAUUUGAUUGGUCGUGAACUAGUUUGUAAACCAGUCGGAUGAGGUUUUCUAUGAGAUUUUCCGAAGAGCAGACACUUUUUGUGUGACUUUACUCUCUGUCUCUCCCUUUUUUCCUCUUUUUUGUUGAUUUGGCGCAGUUUGGAGCAGGUGGAGAAGCGUUUCAGAGAUCGACAACCAGUCUGCCGACAACAUACAGGUGCUGUAAGGAUCCCAGAACAAAUCGUCCAAAUUGAACUCUCUCUCCCAGUGGCCAUGGCUGCCAACGUCACCACCAAUGGUUGCGGCCCUAACUUGGACUCCCUCUAUUACAACCUUUGCGACCUGAAUGCGGUGUGGGGCAUCGUGCUGGAGGCCUUCGCGGCUGCUGGCAUUGUCUUCUCCUUUGUGCUUUUCAUCUCGCUGCUGGCCAACGUGCCCUUCACGCAAGACAAGAACCGCAAGCGAUCUGUGUCCCUCAACGCCUGGUUCCUGAUCUUCACCGCCGGUCUCUUCUGCCUGACCUUCGCCUUCAUCGUGGGAAAGGACUUCUCCACCUGCGCCUCGCGGAGGUUCCUCUUCGGGGUGCUGUUUGGCGGCUGCUUCGCCUGCCUCCUGAUGCAGUGCGUGAGGCUGAACAUCCUCGCCAGGCGGGACAGCGGGCCCCGGGCUUGGGUUUUAUGUCUAGGGGCACUGGGGUUGUGGCUGGUGGAGGUAGUCAUCAACACGGAGUGGCUGAUCAUCACAGUGGUGCGCCACCCACAGGGGCCACUCAACGCCACAGCCGGAACUAGCAGAGCCACGGCCACGCCUUGCAACAUCGCCAACGAGGACUUCGUCAUGGCGCUGAUCUACGUCAUGACCCUGAUCCUCGCUGUGGUGGUGGCAAGUCUGACCAUCAUGGCAGGCAAACACAAUAAGUGGAAGAAGGACGGCGCCUUCAUCCUUAUAAGCAGCUUGUUCUCUGUGGGUAUUUGGGUGGCGUGGAUCGUCAUGUACGUCUACGGGAAUCAGAUGAGAGGGGGCCCCACAUGGGAUGAUCCCACCUUGGCCAUCGCUUUAGUGGCGAACGCAUGGGUGUUCCUGAUCCUCUACACAAUUCCUGACAUCUGCAAUUUGACCAGCGAUGAUGAAAGCCAGCAAAGCCUCGGGCAAGACAUGUACCCAAGCCGAGGAGUCGGCUACGAGACGAUCCUGAAGGAGCAGAGCUCCCAGAACAUGUUCAUGGAAAAUAAGGCUUUCUCUAUGGAUGAGACCAACCAAGGGUCCAAGCCGGUGUCUCCAUACAGCGGCUACACCGGUCAGCUGCGGAGUUCAGUCUACCAGCCCACUGAGCUGGCGAUCAUCAGCAAAGGAGUGGGAAAUCACCCUCCGGACGUAUCCUAUACCACAGCCAUUCCCAGAGCUUCCACCCACUCUGCAGCCAACAGCGGGAGCAGCACGCUCUCGGCACACACCGAGAGCGGGAACACCGCACACACACAGACAAACGGAAAUAGCGGGAACGGCCCGCAUAGGACGGUCCAGUGGUGAAAAACGCCACGACGCUCGCCAAAACACCCGUCGAAAUAACUCUUGAGUUCAUUUGCACCCGCUGACUGUAUGUUUGCUGUUCUCCAUGGUUCCCUAAGCUGGUUCUAAGAGGAAUCCUUCAGCCCAGACAUGUGGAGGUGAGCGCUGGGUCACCCUCCCCUCCCCACUGAUGGAAAACAGCUAAACCUUUCUAUUGACUGGGUUUUACCAAUGUGCCGCUGGGUAUGAGAUGGUGUAGAGCUUCAUUUGGAAGUCAAAGCGAGGGGAUUUGCUGCAGAACAAAGACUUUUUGCGGACCGUGAGCUCUCUGCUGGAGCCAAUCACACAGAUGAAGAGUGACGGACGAGCUACCAGCGCAUAUAUAGCAUUCACGUGCACACACACACACGUGUAAAAAAUGCACCCCCUUUUCCCCCUACACACACCAUAAAUAACCUUUUAUAGCCUUUACUGCAGCAGCAGAAACAGUGGAAUAAAAAAACACUAUUAGAAGGAUUGCAUUCACUUCCACACAAAAAAAUUAUAUUAUGCACAAGUGUAAUUAUAGGAGUCAAUAAAUAUUUUUGUGCCUGGAUUGUGAAUAGUGUUUAUAACCACAAAGUUAACACGUAAAACUGAGCUACUGGUGUUGAAUUAAUGUAAAUAUAUGUUGUUAAUGUGUCAACGGUUCUACACUGCAUGGAAGCAUUGUGUGAAUGCGUAUAUUUAAUGCUAUUUAUAGCACCAGUGUGUGCUAUUUAAUUAUUUUAUCUAAUUUCUACCAAUCAAACAAUCACGAGAACCGAGAGCUGAAAUCACGCCUGUGAUUAGCUUGUUUCACUCUCUAUGUCAUUUCUAUUCUAUAUCAUUCUUCCUAAAAAAAAAAAACAUAUUAUGUGAUGCUUUUGUGUCCAUAUAUUCCUAAAUAAAUAUGUAUCUACUGCUUUGCCUGGCCGUACAAUUUGAGAAUCUUGUCAUUUUAAGUUACCUCUUAAUUAAGUCUGAGUCUUAAACUGUGUAGGAAACCGUUCCCUUUCACGGAUUUAGUGCACAAUAUAGCGUGUUCGCCAUUUUGUAGUGGUGAUUGAAUUCUCCGCGGUUAAUUUCAUUCACUAUAUUCCUACUUACUUACUGCCCAUUAUGCCUGUUGGCUUGUUGGGUAGCAACAAAGGAUUUCCACUCUUGUCUGUUUUGGGCCAGUGUCUUUAUAGAGCCCCAGGUGUGAUGUAGGGUCUUCAGCUCUCCCUCCACAGUCCUGCGCCAGGUAUUUCCAUUUCCAUCGCCUUCUCAUAAUGAUGGUAGCCAUUCACUAUAUAGCCUAGCAUAAAAUACCCACAAUGCACUGCUAAUUUGAGUAUACAUACGAUGUACCCUACAUUUUACUCUUGUAUACCACAAUGCAUCGCGGCCGUGUUUUCCCCGAGGAGAAGAAGAAGCAGAAAUCACUGCAAAAACUGAAAAGGAAAAAUGGAGCAUGCUUUUGU